AUGUCCAAUUCAGACUUCCUUUCGAAAGCCAUUGAAAUUGUCAAAAAGGCGACAGAAGAGGACCACAAAGGAAACUAUAAAGAAGCAUACACACACUAUCAAAAUGCACUUGAAUACUUUAUGACAGCUAUAAAAUACGAGAAAAAUGACCGCUUGAAGGAACCUAUUCGAAAAAGGUUUAUUGAAUAUCUUGAUAGAGCUGAAAUGUUGAAAGAGUUUUUGAAUAAUCAAGAAAAGAAGCAAAAGGAGCCUGUGGGUGCUAAUGGCACACCUAAAAAAAAGAAUGGUGCUGCCUCUUCAAAUAACGAAACAGAUGAAGAUGAUCCUGAUCUCAAAAAGAUGAAAGCAAGUUUAGCAAGUGCUAUUUUAACGGAAAAACCCAACGUUCAGUGGGAUGAUGUUGCCGGAUUGGAGGGUGCCAAAGAAGCAUUAAAGGAAGCAGUCAUUUUACCCAAAAAAUUCCCCCAUUUCUUUAUAGGACAACGAAAGCCAUGGCGAGGCAUUCUUCUAUAUGGACCACCAGGUACAGGUAAAUCCUAUCUUGCAAAGGCAAUAGCAACCGAGUCGAACUCUACAUUCUUUUCUGUAUCUUCUUCUGAUUUGGUUUCUAAAUGGCUUGGUGAGAGUGAACGUUUGGUUAAGAAUCUGUUCCAGCUGGCACGAGAGAAUAAGCCCUCGAUUGUAUUUAUUGAUGAAGUUGAUUCACUCUGUGGUACGCGUGGAGAUGGAGAAUCAGAAGCUUCACGACGUAUCAAAACUGAAAUUCUUGUUCAAAUGAAUGGUGUGGGGAAUGAUAUGGAUGGUGUGCUUGUCUUGGCUGCUACCAACAUACCUUGGCAACUGGAUAGUGCUAUUCGUCGAAGAUUUGAAAAACGCAUUUACAUUCCACUUCCCGAUGCGUCUGCUCGUGCUGCCAUAUUUGCUUUAAAUGUUGGAUCAACACCUUGUACAUUAACACAAGCCGACUAUAAAAAGCUGGCAGAUAUGACAGAAGGAUAUACUGGAUCCGAUAUUGCUACACUUGUAAGAGAUGCUUUGAUGCAGCCUAUUCGUAAAGUACAGAUGGCCACUCACUUUAGGUGGGUCGAGGCACCAUCAAGGCAAGAUCCAAGCAAGACAGCACGUUACUUAACCCCUUGCUCGCCAGGAGCGCCUGGUGCUCAGGAGAUGACAUGGGCUGAUAUUGAAUCAGAUCAAUUAUUGGAGCCUGAAUUGACGCUUCAAGACUUUUUGAAGGCUGUUCAGAAUACACGACCAACAGUGAGUCAAAAGGAUAUUGAACAGCAAGUCAAGUUUACAGAAGAAUUUGGUAUCGAAGGCUGA